AUGCCUGGCUUAAAAAUGUCUUUUCAAAGACAAUUUAAAAAUAAAAAUGGAGCUGGGCAGUGGUGGCACAGGUUUUUAAUCACAACACUCGGGAGGCAGAAGCAGGUGGAUCUCUGUGAGUUCAAGGCCAGCCUGGUCUACAGAGUGAGAUCCAGGACAGCCAGAGCUGUUACAUAAAGAAACAUUGUCUAGAAAAAAAACCCAAUAAAUAAACAAACAAACAAAAAUGGGAGUCAUAGAGUGAUACCUAUGAUAUGGUCCCACUUAUGAUUUUUUUUUAACUUUUUAGAAAUGCAUGUGAACUGGCAUAGUGCACAUAUCUGUAAUUGUAGUACUUGAGAGGCUGAGGCAGGAGGAUCAUGAAUUCAAGGCCAGCCUGGGUUAUAAAGCAAGUUUAGGUCAGUUAUGCACUGAAACUCUGUCUCAAUAUACAACACCACAAAACAUGUAAGUACAAAAGACACACAAAGAAAUAGAUAGAUGAACAAGUCAUAGUGGGUCCCUUUGGGCUGGAGGAAGGAGAGAAACAGGAAGCUUUUUCUUGUUUUAUGUACUGCAUUGCUGGGAAAAUAUACUACGACAAAAACUGUGUCUGUAGUCCCAGCACUUGGAAAGCUGAGGCAGGAGCAUUACUGUGAGUUCCAGGCCAGCAUAGGCUACAGAAGGAUCCCCUGGUUUGGGGAGGGGUGUGAGUGUGUGUGUGUGUGUGUGUGUGUGUGUGUGUGUGUGUGUGUGUAAUAUUUGAAAUGGGGCUCUGACCAAAGUACAGGCCUCAAAUAUCUAUUCUCACAACAGGCUUGCACUGGCCCAUUCCAGAUCUCUAACACUGUAGUCUCCAGCCAAGCCACUCUUGUACUCUGUCAGGACACGCCAGAGUCACCACACUCUUCAGAGCAGACAUUCUCACAGAGUCCUUGAGAUGAAAACUAUUUGUCAGGCUGCCUUAAGCCAGUACUUGGGUUUCAGGCCCAGUUAGCAAACAGAAGAGCCAGGGAGGAGCUGGCUUCUCAGAACCUCACAGAUCAAACAGUCGGGGAACCGGGCACCUUGCCUGUGGGACACUACUUUUAAGGACUCGGUUCAAGGAAGAAUGGAGUUUCUAAGGGUGGCGAGGGCUAUGGAGUGGUGGGAACAGUUCAAAGACAUACAGCCAAGGAGACAGUAGCUGGAGAGCCGAUAAAUCCAUGGGCUUUGUCUGGGAAUGACUGAGCCCCUCCUGGUGGUCUGGUUCCCCAGAGUCCAUGGCCGGUCUGUCUCAGAAGGUAGAUGGCCACCUCAGAGGAGAAGAUUCUGAAUUCUGUUUAUAACUGCUGCUGUUUUGCUCUGUGACUUCAGAGAACUGGUUUGUUGUUUUGGAGGGUCAGUUUCUUCAUCUGGAAAAUGAAGAAAGAGCCAGCCUCCCUCUUCUUACGGGCGGGUUCAUGAGUGUGUAUCAGGGCACCUGUCCAGCAGCUUAGUCAGCAGGUGGAACCCUGGUGGUCCACAGGCUCUCGUUUUAAGAAUGAGGCGAGGGGGACCCUCUUCUUUAUCUGGUAAAUGCCAGUCUCCAGGGUGUCCCUUCAAAUGGGUCCCUCCUCCUGCCUCCCCCAGCUCUUGCGUCUUAUCUCUCCAGAAUCCUUAUCUCACUAUAUUUCAACUGCUUGCUAUGCAGACCUAGUUCUUCCCAUGAGCCUCUAUGGGUGCUCGGGUCUGUGUCUGCAGGUCUGGGGAUACAGAGGACACUUGUGUCUGUUGCUGCUGGAGAGAGCGUGUAUGGUAGGAGGAACCAGUGGGCAUCCCGGGGCACUGGGGCUGCCCUCCCCAGGGCUCAAGUGUGGAUGUCACCGGCAAACUGUGCAGGGUCUGGGCUGUGUGAAUGGCACUCCUGUGGCUCCUCUCAUUGUCAUUUCUGGGUCUGAGCCUCUGAGGCUUCCAGACCUGUGUGCUCACUACUUGAUGCGUGCAUCUCUCUUCUCUUGCUGGGUUAGGCUGAGAGGGAGACUGGGGAGAAAAGCACAUCCCUGAUGUUACACAUCUUUUUCCUUCUGGGACAGUGUACUCAGCCUCCUUGUCCCAGACACCAGCAUGGACACAGCUCUUGUUCUCUCCUAGUGUCUGCCAUCCCUGCCGGUCCCUGGGCUCUGGUCUGUGCCCACAGAGCUCUGCCGGGCCCCCACACCCACAUUACCUCUGGUGCCCACAUUCCUGCAACCUUGUGACCACAACAGGGGACAUUACACAUUCCUGGCCUAGCAGCCAAUGGUGUCAAAAAGAACAGAAUGUCCUAGGACCUGGCCCAGCCCCCUGCUUCACCUGGGCCCCUCCCAGGUCUGGACAGAGCCAGGUAGGUGGGGUGAAGAGUUCAGAGGGAAGAGGAUGGGGAAGAGGACCGUGGGGCCAGCAGGCGCUCCCAGUUCUCGGGGGACCCCUUCUCCUUUUUCUCCAGGGUCCUGGGUGUGAGGCUGACUUGGGAUGACCUUGAGGGACCCAAUCAGAAGGGACCCUGGUUUCUGGAAGUUCACUUAAGUUUCUUUCCCCUGGCUGUCUGGCCUGACAGGAGUGUCCCUUUGGGGCUGGUUGCCUCCUCUUCCUCCUCCUCCAUCCUCCGUCAGCUCUGUGCCCAGUCCUCCUGUCUGUCUCCUCUUUCUGCCUUCCCUGUUCUCCGGGUUUCCCCACCUAGUCUCAGCCAUCCUCCUUCCGCCUUGCCUUCCUGGCUUUCGUGUGUAGAAUCCUCUCACCCCGCUCAGGUUCUCCAAGCCUCACUUCGGUCCCUAGUCUCCCUGCCAGUCAGUUCCCCAUCAAUCCCUGGCCCAAAGUCUUCGGCCGGUAGGUACCUGCUUCACCUGUCCCCACGAGCCCUCCUCCCUGGGGAGCUCCCAGACCAGACUCCUCCUUUGACCCUCCCCCUGCGCGCUCACCUUUAAUUGAGAUGCUAAUGAGGCUCCCGUGGCUCCCAUCCCUGGCUGACAGGCAGGCUCCGCGGCCAGGCACUGCAGCUGUCAGGUGAGAGGGUGGAGAAGGCUCCGCUGCCAGAUUCAACUGGAAAGGAACCAGUCACUGCCCAGCCGCACCUGGGAGCUGGAGUCCGGAGGCAGCGCAGGUCUCCUGCAGCCCUGCGGUUCCCGAGGGAGAGGAGGAGAUAGCAAGGAGCCGGAGGCCAGGGCUCGAGCCCAGAGAAGAGGGCCCAGGAGGAACCAGGGAAGGCAGGGGAGGAAGUGAGGCAGGAUCAGAGAGCCUGGCACAGACGGGGAGACCCAAAGAGAAGCACGAGGCUGCUGGGCCAAGAGGGCGUGAAAUCACACCGUCAGGGAGGAAAAGGGCAAGAAGGAGAGGCUGCUAACUGAGGCACAGUGCCUGCUGUGGAGAACCAGGAGGCGCUAGCGGGCAGGUGAAGGUGGCUGGGAAGCUCUGUGGCUACUCCAGAGGAGCUCAGUGCUGCCUGCCUGCCUGUCCCCAACUCCAGAAGGUCAGCUGGCUCCUGGAAAGCAGGAGGAGGGUGGGAGGACAGGGGGAGAGUGGACUGAGCGCAGGAUGCGGGCACGGUCAGGGGCAGCCCCUUUCUGCCUUCAUGCUGAUGAUGCCGGAGCGCACCAGAGCCCUGAGCUCAACCUUGACCUAGACCCCCACCUCCCCGACUCACCUAAGGGCUCCAUGAAGGGCGGCAAGUUCAAGGAACAAGACCCUUGUCCUCCUCAACCCAUGCAAGGGCUGGCGAAGGGAGACAAGCGAGAAGAGCAGGGGCUGGGUCCCGAACCCUCAGUGCCCCCGCAGCCCACCGAGGAGGAGGAGGCGCUGAUCGAGUUCCACCGCUCCUACCGAGAGCUCUUCCAGUUCUUCUGCAACAAUACCACCAUCCAUGGCGCCAUCCGCCUGGUGUGCUCCAAGCACAACCGCAUGAAGACGGCCUUCUGGGCCGUGCUGUGGCUCUGCACCUUCGGCGUGAUGUACUGGCAGUUCGCCUUGCUCUUCGAAGAGUACUUCAGCUACCCUGUCAGCCUCAACAUCAACCUCAAUUCAGACAAGCUGGUCUUCCCUGCGGUCACUGUCUGCACCCUUAAUCCCUACAGAUACACUGAAAUUAAAGAGGAGCUGGAAGAGCUGGACCGCAUCACGGAACAGACGCUCUUUGACCUCUACAAAUACAACUCCUCCUACACUGUCAAGGCUGGGGCCCGCCGCCGCCGCACCCGCAACCUCGGGAGGGCCCUUCCGCACCCCCUGCAGCGCCUGUACGCUCCGCCUCCGCCCUACCCAGCCCGCGCGGCUCGCAGCUCGUCUUCCAGUGUACGGGACAACAACCCCCAAGUGGACCGGAAGGACUGGACGAUCGGCUUCCAACUGUGCAACCAGAACAAAUCGGACUGCUUCUACCAGACGUACUCAUCUGGGGUGGACGCAGUGCGGGAGUGGUACCGCUUCCAUUACAUCAACAUCCUGUCCAGACUGCCCGACACCUCACCGGCUCUGGAGGAAGAAGCCUUGGGCAGCUUCAUCUUCACCUGCCGCUUCAACCAGGCCCCCUGCAACCAGGCGAAUUAUUCUCAGUUCCACCACCCCAUGUAUGGGAACUGCUACACUUUCAACAACAAGAACCACUCCAAUCUCUGGAUGUCUUCCAUGCCUGGAGUCAACAAUGGUCUGUCUCUGACACUGCGCACAGAACAGAAUGACUUCAUCCCCCUGCUGUCCACAGUGACGGGGGCCAGGGUGAUGGUGCAUGGGCAGGACGAACCUGCCUUUAUGGAUGAUGGUGGCUUCAAUGUGCGGCCUGGUGUGGAGACCUCCAUCAGCAUGAGGAAGGAAGCCCUGGACAGCCUUGGAGGCAACUACGGUGACUGUACUGAGAAUGGCAGUGAUGUCCCUGUCAAGAACCUGUACCCUUCCAAGUAUACCCAGCAGGUGUGCAUUCACUCCUGCUUCCAGGAGAACAUGAUCAAGAAGUGUGGCUGUGCCUACAUCUUCUACCCUAAGCCCAAGGGCGUAGAGUUCUGUGACUACCGAAAGCAGAGCUCCUGGGGCUACUGCUACUAUAAGCUUCAGGGCGCCUUCUCGCUGGACAGCCUGGGCUGUUUCUCCAAGUGUCGGAAGCCAUGCAGUGUGACCAACUACAAGCUCUCUGCUGGCUACUCACGAUGGCCAUCUGUGAAGUCCCAGGAUUGGAUCUUUGAGAUGCUGUCCUUGCAGAACAAUUACACAAUCAACAACAAAAGGAAUGGAGUUGCUAAACUCAACAUCUUCUUCAAGGAGCUGAACUAUAAAACUAAUUCGGAGUCUCCCUCUGUCACGAUGGUCAGCCUCCUGUCCAACCUGGGCAGCCAGUGGAGCCUGUGGUUCGGGUCGUCGGUGCUGUCUGUGGUGGAAAUGGCGGAGCUCAUCUUUGACCUCCUGGUCAUCACAGUCCUCAUGCUGUUGCACAGGUUCCGAAGCCGGUACUGGUCACCAGGACGAGGGGCCAGGGGUGCGAGGGAAGUGGCCUCCACUCCACCUUCCUCCUUCCCCUCCCGCUUCUGUCCCCACCCUACGUCCCCACUGCCUUCUUUGCCCCAGCAGGGCACAACCCCUUCCCUGGUCCCGGCCCCUCCGCCUGCCUAUGCCACCCUAGGCCCCUGCGCCCAUCCACUGGACUCUGCAGUGCCUGGCCCUUCUGCCUGUGCUCUGGGGGAGCACUGAGAGAGGAGAGUGCUCCUCUCACCCAGGCCAGUGCUCCCGGGUAAACUAAAGCUGAAGGCCAUCUUCAGCAGCACCUUCCACAGCUGCCUGGCUGUCUUUGGUGUGCCUGAGGGAGUAGACUAAAUAAGGGGCCCAGGAAAUGGUCCAGAGAAGAGUGGCUGAUGAGCUGCUCGGAGCCGCCCAGUUCCUGCUUCUGAACAUGGCUUUCCACACAAGCUCAGACAAGUCUCCUUUUCCCUUGGAUCAGCCAAGCCAGACUUGGAGCUUUGACAAAGAACUUUCCUGGGAAACGACCAACGAACAAAUAUAAACAGGGCGCAGAAAAGCGGCCACAGGUUUCCUACCCCAUGACCAGAGAUCGGCCUGGCCACACUGCCUUCAAAGACACAGAUGUCUGCGCCCCUUCUUGAACUUGGGUGGGGAACCCCACCUAAAAGCCCCCUUUGUUAGUUCUUUGGCAAUUCCCCUUCCCUGACUCCCCAGAGUGGGGGCUAGAGUAAGAUGAGUAUUGUAAAGGUUUGGCCAUUCUCCUUCAUUUCCAAGGCUCUUCUCUCGUUUGAUACACUAGUUCUGUGCCUCGGCACUGUGCCCUUCAUACUUGUCUUAGCUAUUUUCUCAGCCUAGAAGCUUCCCCUACCAUCUUCUCGAGAGCUUCUGUGCGCCCCCAUGACCCCUGUUGAAAGGCACCAUUACUUUUGUGAACUCUUUUACCUGUCCUGCCUCCCCCAGAAUCAUGCCCCUCCCCUCGUCCCCACAGUGCACUAUGUUAUAUGUUCGCAUUCUUUUGUGUCUGCCUCUGAGUAGACUGUGAAAUCCUUGUGAUCAGGGCUGCGUUUUGCUCAUUUUUAUAUCCCUCAGGUCUAGCCCAGUAUCCCACUUGAAGCAGGUAGGCAGGUACCCAAUAAAUGCUUGUUACGUAAAACGAUGUCUGCAGAGCUGGAUGGGGCCCCAGGAAAUGGGUAGGGAGUGGAUGCAAGUCCCAGAGGCACUGCCUAUGUUUCUUGGGAGGCCCUAGAGUGGAGGGGAGGGCACAGGCAGCCAGGCCAAACUUGUCACUGUUACACAUCAUCAAGUAUGCUCUUCUUCAAACUCCACCCAGCUGUGAUGAAACAUCUGCCACCCUCCUGCCCAUCACACCCUAGUGGUACCAAACUCCACCCAGCUGUGAGGUAACCUCUGCCACCCUCCUCCCCAUCACUGCCCUGGUGGUGGAGGAGGAUGAGACUGGGACCAGUUCUUCCAGAAUUUCAGAGCCUUGGGUAGUCUUAUCCACAGUUGAGAGGGGCAGAGGGAACACUCCUGACUUCAGUAAAGGAGAAACUGGGGAAUGUCUGAGUGGAACCCCACUUUUCUCAUCUGCAGCUCCUCUGCCUGCUCCA